UUUUUUUUUUUAAACAUUAAUAAAGGAGGGAGGAGCAAGUUAAAGUAUGGAAGAUGUUGAAAAAGUAAAUUGGCAUUUAAAAUUUUUGGUGGUUGGUGUAUUUUCAACUGUCACGCACGCCAUGGGGAAAUGAAAAGCGUGGUCAAACCGCGCUUUCAAAACUUGGGCUUUCUGAUUUCGUUGGAAUUCAACUACAAACGGGGGAACUUCCCUUCUCUUUGCCUUCUCCACCACGUCUCUCAUUAUAUAUACAACCCUUCCUCCCAUAACUUUUCUCCUUUCUCUUUUUUCCCCUCGAAAAUUUUCUUUCUAUUUUUUUACCCACAUUUCCAGUUUCUCCUUCUCCGUGAUUUUCUUCUUCUUCUUCUAGGGUUUCGUUGUUGCCGGAGGUAAGCUGACGUCAUCUCCUAUCGUCUUGUUCUUCGAGCUUGUUGGCUCUGUUAAUAAUGCUUUUAUAUGACAACAUUUUAGGCGUCCUUGCAUUUACACGUUUCCCCUUGUAAAUCAGGUGCAUUCAAUUGUUCAUCCCUGAUCCGGUUAUUAGAUAUUAUGUUUUGAUAAUUAAUUUUUUUUUUGAGUAUUGUGUCCUCUGUUUUUUGCAAAAGUUAUUUUUUAUAUUUUCGUUGUUUCGCGCAAGUAUUUAUCAUGAUUUUUUAUUUUUUUUGUUUUGAAUAGAAAUGUUAGAUAUUAUAUUGUAAAAUCUGUGGUGCUGUUUCAAGUGAUUGAUAAGUUCAGUUAUUUCCUCUACUAUUUUUGUAAUGGAGCUGUGUAUGAUGUGAUAUAUGUCAUUUUUAGAUAUCAUUUUCAAACCUUGAUUAAUUGUUGCUGUAAUAAUAUUAAGUCGAUACAUUUGUUGAUCUUUUUCUCACAGAUAUAACCAUUAUAUCUUUGUAUCCAACUGUUGAUGGAUAUAUAUUUUUAUCAUCUUUGAAGAUAAAACAUUGUUCUUGAAAAUAAAAGGUUCGAUAGGCAAUCGUUAUGUCCAAAUAUUUCUAUUUCUUGGUGGUGGUCACCAAGUUGGUGUAUGAAAGCAACAAUUUUGGAGAAAUAUGUAUUUAGCAUGAUUCUUGGUUUAUCUUCAAUGUCAUGGUUUUGUUCUAUUACUAGAAUUUAAUGGGAGGGGUCCAUAUUUAAUGCCUCCCCAUGCUUCUCUGUAGGACCAUAAUAUGUGGUUGCAUCUACUGGUUUUUUCCUCUCAGUUUGUGGGCUAUGGGGAGGAGGUUAACAGCUACCUACUGCCAAUUGUCAAAUUUCCUUACCAAAUAUUAGUAUUUGAACCAGUAGUUUAAUUUAUUUAUGAGACCUCUCAUAUAACCUGUUGUUUUAUUCAUUCAAAGUUUAUUGACUGACUAGAAAAGUGAGGCUAAGAAGUGGGAAGAUGUGCAAUUUCCAGGGCUCUUUUGCUUGAUGGACCGUACGCCUGGCUGCAGUGAUAAGGUUACUUUGAAGAAGUGGUUUUUCAUUGACAAAAGGGUUGGUUAGAAGUGUGUGAAACAAUUUAAGAGCAGAGUUACUCAAACCAUUGCCAACUGCUUGCAUAGUUUUAAAACUUGUUUUCUGCCAUAAAAAGAUACUGGGCACAAUGGACCUGAAAUCAAAUACAUCCCCUGUUGUCACCGAUCCUGCCCCACUGACUCCGUCCAGAUUGGGCAUCCACUCAGCUUUGAUGCCAUACCCUCCGGUUGGGCCAACUUUCUCUCCCACACUCUUCCUUACUAUCCCAAGGAAGAAGCCUGGAAUUCUAGAUGAUGUUAGAUCAAACACUUGGUUGGUGGAUGCCAUGAAAUCUUCAUCUCCUACACAUAGAAAGAAAAGUAAGGAUUCCACUGCUGAACUAGCAUCAAAUGAAAAUGAUCUUGCUUACCGCAUAUGGAUGCUCAAGUAUCCCUCGGCACUUUCAUCAUUUGAGCAAAUCAUAAAUUAUGCAAAAGGCAAAAGAAUAGCACUUUUUCUGGACUAUGAUGGGACUUUAUCACCAAUUGUAGAUGAUCCAGAUCGAGCUUUCAUGUCUAGUGCUAUGCGUGCUGCUGUGAGGAAUGUGGCUAAAUAUUUUCCCACAGCAAUUAUUAGUGGGAGAAGUCGUGAUAAGGUAUAUGACUUUGUCGGACUAUCUGAACUUUACUACGCUGGUAGUCACGGCAUGGAUAUAAUGAGCCCUGUUCGAGCCAUUUCUAAUGACUAUAGUUGUAUUAGAUCUACUGACAAGCAGGGCAAGGAAGUUAAUCUUUUCCAACCUGCUAGUGAGUUCUUACCAAUGAUCGAGGAGGUUCUUAGAUCUCUUGUUGAGCUCACAAAAGACAUCAGCGGAGCAAAAGUUGAGAACAACAAAUUCUGUGUUUCAGUACACUAUCGUAAUGUAGAUGAGAAGAGUUGGUCAACCAUUGGAGAAUCUGUUGAUGAAUUGUUAAAACACUACCCCCGUCUGCGAUUGACACAUGGCCGGAAGGUUUUAGAAGUCAGGCCUGUGCUUAACUGGGACAAAGGGAAAGCUGUUGAGUUCUUACUUGAAUCAUUGGGGUUGAAUAAUUGUGAUGAUGUUCUUCCCAUUUACAUAGGAGAUGAUCGUACAGAUGAAGAUGCAUUUAAGGUGUUGAGAGAGGGAAAUAAAGGUUACGGAAUCUUAGUUUCUUCUGCUCCAAAAGAAAGCAAUGCAUUCUACUCUCUGAGGGAUCCAUCUGAGGUGAUGGAAUUCCUCAAGUGCUUGGUAUCAUGGAAGAAGUCAAGUUAACUUAUGGAAUACAUAAUACCCCCAUUUUGUUGGAUUCUUUUCAUAUGAAGAUGGAAUGACUAGUUGCGGGGAUGGUUUAGGGAGCAGAGGUGCUUAGUAAAAGUUUCUAGUGAUGAGAUUCAGGAUAUCCUAAUUUACUGUUUCUGCUCAGAGCUUUUCUUUGUAAAUUCAUUUUCGUAAUUGCUGCAUCAAGGAUGCCCUUAGCCCAGCCAAUGUAAUACUCAUUGAUCUUCAUAUUUUGUUUUUUAACUUUGCCUGCCACUUCUCCCCAAGGGAGAGUCUAUCUCUUUAUCUAGUAAUUUAUGUUCAAGAGUUUAUUUAUUGCCCUAUUCUAUCACACUGCUU